GUAGAGAGAGAGAGUGUGUAAUAUGCCCUCUGUAUUUUCAAUGCAGUGACUCUCUUUCUCUCUCUUUAGCCACAACUCUUUGGUAGCUUCAAAAUCUUCUCUUAUCUCUUCCAUUCUAUCAGCGCAAACAAGCAGCAUCCAAAUCCUGUGCUUUAAAAAAAAAAAAAAAAUCCUGUGCUUAACUCUGUUGCAACACCAUGGCUGUUGUUGUUCUUGCUGUGAUUUUGUUGGCUAUGGUUGGUCACUCAAGUGGGACAUGGUGUGUAUGCAGAGAAGGAUUAAGCGAAGCAAUGCUGCAGAAGACACUGGACUACGCAUGUGGCGCAGGAGCUGAUUGUGGACCCAUUCACCAGAACGGACCUUGCUUUAACCCAAACACCGUCAAGUCUCACUGCUCCUACGCUGUCAACAGCUUCUUUCAGAAGAAACGUCAGUCUCAGGGAACUUGUGACUUCGCCGGCACAGCCACCGUCUCAGCCUCUGAUCCCAGCUACACUACUUGUGCUUUUCCUGCAAGUUCCAGUGGAAGUGGGACAAUGACACCGGUGACGACAACACCAUCGACAAGAGUCCCUACGACAACUAAUACAAGACCCUACACAGUCACACCUUCAACAGGAGGUGGUUUAGGGAUUCCAGCCGGUGGUUUCAACCCAGACUACACAGAUCCAUCCUAUUCCUUUGGAUCCAAACUCCAAAGCCCAAGAGCCACCACUUUAUUUUUUUUAUUCAUGCUCUUCUACUUGUUGAUCUAGUAGAGUAACCAACAACUAACGUUGGACUGUGGAUCAUGUGACUGUGUGGGUCUCUCUCUCCCACUAAUGGAAUCUUUUGAGAGAGACUUGUUUUCUUCAAUCUCUGUCUGGCUUUUUCCUAGCUGUUAUCCACUUGCUUCUGCAAAAGAAAAAAAUUGUACAUUAUGAUUUUAAGUAAGGUGACGGCAAAUAUUUAAGGUUAUAUC